AUGUCGUUGGUGAACAGUCCAUUUAACCGGAGUGGACUAACACGCCGCAGCCCGCCCUCAACGCCCACACCGCAGCCCAGCCCGCCCGGGCCCGCGCCCGCAAACAUGCAACAGGAAGAAGAGCCCCCGAAGGUAAUUCCCACAAGUGACAUCCAAACCUGGCUGAAAAAGAUUGAACUGAACCUGCAAGACGUAUGCGCUACAUCUGCAGAAGGUAAACUUAACACUGACCAGAAGAUCAGAAUUAACAACAUGUGUCGCAGCGUGAGCCACUUAGCCUCACAAAUGGCUAUUGAAUAUCAAUCCCUAAAAAACCACGCAAUCCAAGCAUACCAGUCCCGCCAAGCUCACCAGGAAAAAAUGGACCUCGUACAACGCAUCCAAGAACUAAAGGAAUCGAUUGAGGAAUCCAACCGCCCUGCUUCGGGACCUGUUUCGUUUGCCGAAGCCCUUAAGAAAAAUGGAACGAGGUACGUUCAACCGUCUAACAUCAGUUCAGUCGCAAUUUACCCGGUCGACAAGUUGAAAUCGAGUGAGGAGACAAAAUCCCUCGUUCAAAAGAUUAUCCGGCCCGACGAGAUGAAGCUGCACGUGAGAGGGUUGCGCAAGAUCAAAAACGGCGGUGUUGUGAUCAGCACUGACUCAAAAGAAGACGUCAUAAAACUCAAGCAAUCAGCGCAGCUUACGACCUCUGGACUCACCGUUGACGAGCCCCAAAAACGCAAGCCCAGAAUUGUAGUCAUCGGAGUUCCCGCGGACAUGCAGGAACCUGAAGUCCUGAAGUGUAUUUACCAACAAAACUUAGCCGAUAAAUUACAAGAUUGGUCGCUCGAAAAAUUUAUGGCAUCUACUAAGCUAAGUCACAAAUCCGGAAAAAAGGACGCCGACACAUGUAAUUAUAUAAUUGAGGUUUCUGGAGUGAUACGCAAGGCCUUAAUUACGAACGACAGAAUUUUUGUGAACUGGUCAUCGUGCCCUGUAAGGGAUUUCACCUUGGUUAUGCGCUGUUUCAAAUGUCAGCUCUACAAUCAUGCAGCGAAGACCUGCAAAAUGGAGUCUAACAUCUGCGGACACUGCGGCGAAGCGGGUCACUCAUUCAAGGAAUGCGCAAAAAAGGACGAAGCACCAAAGUGUGCAACAUGCUCGCACUACAAGAAACCAUGUAACCAUCAAACAGGCGACCCCGAAUGCCCAGCUAGACAAAUGGCCGAAAAAAGGUACAUAAACUCCAUAGAUUAUGAAGGCGCCUAGGAGCGCUAACUUUUCACAUAUUUAUAUAGCACUUU